CUUCUCACUAAGGCUCGUCGGCCGAUCGUCUUACAAGGCAGUAGAAGUGCUGCGAGUAAGAAUGCUAUAGCUAGAGUGCUAAGAAUAGAAAGUUGCCAACCCUUUACAAUGAAAUAAAUGCUUCUAUUUAUACCCACCAAUGGGCAGGUGGCUAUACCGACGUGGAAUCCCGUGGUUCGCUGGUGUCUCAACCACCAAAUCUCCAGCAUUAAAUGCACUUCCCGCCAGAAUCUAGGUUUCCCGCCCAAUUAGUGGAGACGUUCGUCCGCCAGGGGAGCGAGUUGGAUUGCUCCAGGUGGCCUCCAAGGGGUGUCGGCCGUUCGCCCCCUGGCCCUUGUGGAUUCUCGCCAUGUGGCCUGGACUGCCUCCAAUGGCUAUGGGCUUGCUCUGACGACGUUCGUUGCCAUUCAGGUGGCUCGUGGUCCUGCUCCUUGUUUCUGCAUAGACGUUCGUCGAGAUGGGCCGUUGAGCCUGAACCCCAUCUGCAGACGUUCGUCCAUCCUGGAGGAAAUGGGCUUGCCAGGCUAGCUUAAUGUUCUACCUGGACGUACGUCCGGAAGAAAGGGUAAAUGGGCCGGUCCUCAGCUUGGGCCAUUAACCCAACACAAGUCCCCCACUUCUGAUGUUCUGAGCAUGCACAGGACAUAAGUAUGAUCUCUCUUGAGGGUAAGACGCUCGUGACCUGGUACUUGUGUUUGUUGCAUCUGGUGAAGGUGUACGCUCGUGGUCAUGGUGCUUAACAGCUGUCGAUGGCUCAGAAACCGAGGUGACGGCUGCUAUUGCGACGGUGCACUUUCCGAGGAAAUGUCAUCAUUACACUUCCACCCCACGCACAACGCGUGAGCCGGAACACGCUCCUUGCUACGUGUCAACCCUUCGUUGGUUCCCCCAUCGAUGCCUCUCCUAUAAAUGCCGGGUUUUUCCUCUGGACUAGGGUUCCCAAUUUCUGCUCCCUCGCUCUAGAAUCUCCGCUGCUCCUCGAGUUUUCUUCCCCGCUUCAGAGUUCCGCUACCCUCCUCGUAAGGUAAUUUUCCUCCUCUUCUUCUUUUCUCUGUCUUGAAUUCUCGCCAAGAUGACCUCGAUGGAGAUUUCGUCGAGUUCUAGCUCCGGUUCGUCGGGUUCUUCCUCGGGCUCCUCCUCUGAUUCCGGUUCACGCUCCCCCGGAAAGGCUAGUGUCUCAGGGAGUUCAGGUUCGGCCUCGACUGUGGGGACUAUCCAGUCCGAUGGUGCGCCUGAUAACGUUUCCCAAGGUAGCGGGAGCAAUGCUGACAACAGAAAUGUUGACGGGGCGAUGGACGUUGUUGAUGCAGUCCCCCUUAACGAGCGCCCGGCUGACUAUGAUUCUGGGGGAGAGGCCGAAUCCGGCUCUGACAUGGAGGUGCAUGAUCUGGGCAUCCCUAUGGACAUGGAGCGCCACAUUUGUCCGAUUAGGAGCGCCCUCGAUCACGAUCAAGUCCUUUCCCGUGUGGCUCUCAACAAAAUCCGCACUUUCUCCCCCCCCCCCCCCCCCCCCCCCCGCCGUUCGUCUGGAGCGUGAGAGGCGCUGAGCAUGUGAUGAGGAGACGUCCGGGGAUGAUUAUGCUCCACUUGGACUCUGUUGAAGCCGGGCUGCGGUUUCCACUCCAUUCAUUCUAUGUGGAGUUCUUCCACUGCUUCCAGGUGGCCCCGGCUCAGUUCAUGCCAAACUCCUAUAGGUUUAUAUCAGCCUUCCUGGUGCGCUGCAAACUUGCGGGAACCACUGCCACUUUGGACCUGUUCCACUACUUCUACCGCAUCACUCCCCAGAACUCCGAUGGUUACCUGAGCGUGGCCGCACGUCCAGGAAGGAGGCUGUUCAAGAGCUAUCCUUCGUCUAUCCACGAUUGGAAGAAUCGUUUCUUCUUCCUUCGAUACGACAGCCCUCCUCUCCCGGUUCGGUGGAACGGCUAUCCCCCAAAGAUUGAGUCACUGGAGCUGACCGACGAUCUGAGCGGGGAUGUGGAGAAGGUGUUACAGGGCGGCAUCUGCCCUAUUGCCGGCCCGCGGCUACCUGACCCUCGAGGCCCUCUCCGGGGCAGGCAUAGGUACCGCCCAGUCCCUGGACUUUUUCCACCCUUCGACGUUCGUCUCGGGGCAUCGGGCGGUCCUGUCCUUCGAGGUGAGUGUCCUGUCCCAUUUUCCGUUCGUCUCUUAACCCUUUAUUGUUUCAUGCAGGUUCUCCACCAGACGAAGCCCAGAUGAAUCACGCCGAGUGUUUGAAAACCAGGAAAGCCAAGGCGGCUGCCGCCAAGGCCGCGGCGGAGAAGGCCAAGAAUGCCCCGACCUCGGACUCUACUUCUUCGGCUUCUGAUGCCGCUCGGCGCACGGCUGAAGGUGAGCAGCAUCUGAUUGCCACCGUGCUGGCCCAAGGGUCUGGGCCCCCCGCUGCUUCUGCUGCUCUUCCGCCGCCGGUCGUCCCUACGAAGGCGGUUUCUCAGAAGGGGGAGGAAAAGGCCCCCCAGAAGAAGCACAAGAGGGGCCGCGAGGUGGCCUCCACCGGGCCCCUGCUAGAGGACGCCGGCUCUCUGCCCCUGAGCCGUCCGGCGGAAGUACUCUGGAGGGAGCUGGCCCUCAAGGCCGGCCUUGAGCUGCCUCCCCGCUCGUCUUCCGAGGCGACCAGCGCUGCUCUGGCAGCUGCUCUUCAGGUAUUCCUCCGUUACUAGAUCUGAGCACAUCUCUUAUUUGCUAUUCAUCUUCUGACCAUGUGCUUUUAAUUUUCCUUCUGUUUUCCAGUCUGGGCUUCUAGUCCUCCAGGCUGAAGCUGUCAGGGAGGCCGACCUGAGAGAGGUCAAGGCCAAAGCGGAUGCCGCCGUCGCUACAGCCCGGGAGGCCGCCCGUCGAGCCGGGGCGGAGAGUGCGGCCAAGGAGAAGGAGAUCUCCGUUCUGCGGGCUGAAUCCCGCAAUCAGCUGGCCAGCCUUGAGAAAACUGGCUUCAAGCUUGUUCUGGUGCACCCUGUCGCGAAGGAUGCAGACCCGGAGUGGCUGGUUGACACCUCCGGCUAUCGGAAGACUGGGGAGUUCAUGGACUCUGCUGAGGAUUACUGCGCCGGGGCCUUCGGUCAUGUGUUCUCUACGGUGCUGUCGAAGGUACCGCCUCAGGAGCGUCUGGCGUGCGGUGUUCGGAUCCUGGAGAGCUCUCCCCUGACGCACAAGUUCCUUUAUGAGGUCGGCGACAGUACCUUCGCCGCCGGGUACAAUGAGGGGGUCAAGGCCACUCUCCCCAUAUUCACCAAGCUGCAGGGGGCUGAUUUUGAUUUGGCCGCAAAUACCGACGACGACCUGCUGAUCCAAG